CUCUAUAAUCAUUUCCUUAACAAGUAUUGAUGAUCCAACGCCCCAGCCUUUAUAAUAAAGGCUUUAUUACAUGCAUGUGCAUAUACUAUUAAUUAAAUUAAGUUUAAAUUCUUUGAAAAAGAAAAUUAUUAGAAAAAAUGCCAAAUUAUUUUGUGCUCAACCUAUAGAUAAUUUUGAAUAAUAAUGGAAAAAAAGAAACGGAACUGUCGAUCAUCAUGAUGUUUAUUUAUUACACAGAUACGCCACUCCCAAAUUAUUUAACAAUUUUUCUUUCUUAAAAAAAUAAAUAAAAAAAAAAAAAAAAAAAUGUUCGUUAAAGACGUACUUUUCCUAAUAUUAGAAGAAUUAAAAGAUGAUAGAAAAUCUCUCCACUCAUGCCUUUUUGUUAAUAAAACUUGGUGUGAAAUAAUAGUACCAAUAUUAUGGAAAAUUCCUGGAAAGUAUACUCUAACUAAUAACGCAAAGAAUGCUUUAUUUAAUGUAAUACUUUUACAUUUAUCAGAAGAAUCAAGAAAUAUUUUGAAGAAUAAUGGAAUUAAUCCUUUUAUAGAAGAAUAUCGACGACUAUUAUUUAAUUAUAUCAGUUUCUGGAGAUAUUUAAAUUUAUUUCUUUUAGAAAGUAUGAUCGUUUCUAUAAAAAAUAUUGAAAAGUACAACAUUUCUAUUAUAAGAAAAGAAGUAUUAAAAUUAUUUAUUAAUAAAAAUACAAAGUAUAUUUAUCUUGAUAUUCCGGAACAAUUUAGUUAUCAAUUACAUCAAAUUCCAGGUGCUGAAUAUUGUUUUUCAAAACUUGAAUGUCUUCAUUGUGAUGAUAAUACCGAUCAAAAUAUUUUUAAAGGAUUGGCUAGAAUAAGCAAGUCAAUUAAAAAAUUAAAGUUUUAUAUUAUGCAAUGUAACAAUAAUGAUAAUUCCGGAAUUAUUAAAUUAAUUGAAGCUCAAAAAAAGUUGGUUGAUGUUCAUUUAGUUUAUUUUUAUACUAAUAUGAGAAAUGAACCAUAUUGUAAAACUCUUGAAGAAUCAUUAAUUAAAAAUUCGGAUACAAUCCAAUAUUUAAGAAUUGGUUGGAAACCAACUACGAAAAUUCUUACAAGUCUCGUAAAUUUGAUAAGUUUAGAUAUAAAUUUGAAUUUAUUAGGCAAUACCAAUUGGAAUCAUUUGGGAAAAGCAUCUUUACCACUCUUAAAAUACUUAAGAGCUCAACAAGUUCCAUCUAAAAUUUUGACGAGAUUAAUUGAAAAUACAAAAGGAUAUCUUAUCGAAAUAAGUAUACUUUACGAAGGUACUGAUAAUAGAGAACUAAUUCGAGCAAUUUAUCAUAAUUGUCAAAAUCUUAAAUAUCUUAAAUUAUCAUUUAAUAAUGAUAAUAUUUCAGAAUUAGAAAAUUUAUUAAUUAAAUGUCAAUAUUUGAAUGGAUUGGUUAUUUUUACUGAUGAAAUAAAUGAACCUGAUUGGGAUGAUUUAUUUGAAAUAUUAACUAAAUCAUCACCAAUUAGUUUGUAUAAGUUCAAACUUUCAUUUAUUUGGUCAUUUAAAUUAUUGGAAUCUUUAAAGUUAUUUUUUAAAGGUUGGGAAAGUAGACAUCCUAUGCUAUUACACACUAUUCCUAUUGAUAAAUAUUACACAAACAUAAAGCAACCACUGCAACAAUUGCAACAACAAAUGGAGAAUUUAAUCAGAAAAUACGAAGCAAGAGGGAUCAUUAAAAAAUAUGAUACCGAUUUGUAUGAAUCUAUAUUUGAGGAAUUCGAAUGGAUUCAAAAGAAGUUGCUUUUUGUCUAAGUGAUCAUUAGUAUAUGUAAUAUUUUAUUUAUUUUUUUUUUCAUUCUUUAAUAAUUCAUGUAUAGUUAAACCGUUAAUGAUUUUAAUUUUUAAUAAAUGAAUAUAACAUACAUAUUUAUUAA